AUGCACUGUCUUUAUACCAUGCAGUCGGAUGUAUACCUUCUCUGGCCAUUAUUCAUCGUCGGCUCGGAGUGUGUCGAGGAGAAUCACCGAUCGAUCAUUCGAAAUCGUUGCAAGGAUAUCUCCAAGGACUCCGGCUUUGUCAACAACCUAUCAUGUCUAGAGCUCCUAGAACGGAUUUGGGCUGAGUAUUUUGAUGAAUCCUCGUAUCCCGUUUAUCCAAGCGACUUCGGAGCCCCACCUCCGCUGGCUGGAGAUCGGGCACCUACGUCGCAGGCCUUCCGGUGGUCCCAGGUCAUGCAGGCCAAGCGGGGCGAAGGAGAAUACAUGGUGGCAUAG